GCGACGGAGGAGAGCGGCCUUGGGAGGAUGGAAGCGCCGUCAGGUUCAUUGUUCCCGGCGUUUGCUGGGACGAAGGUGCCUUGUGCAAGCGGCUCCGAAGGGUUGGAUUGGCUCAGUAAUCAAAGCUUCCGCACUGAGGAUGCCCUACAGCUGCACCAGCGCAUCGUGGGGAAUGCAGCAGACUCAGUCCAGGGGUCACCACAGGCAAGUGCAUAUUCAGACCGUGAAGUAUCUGGGAGGUUGUCCCCCAGAUCGCUUGACAGUGGUGAAGAGCAUGUUGCGGCCAAGAAGAAGAAAAAGAAGAAGAAACAUCGCCGUCACAAAAAGGAGAAAAAGAAAAACAGAGACAGUUAUCAUUCCAGCAGUGAUACGGACCCUGAGCUCCUCUGGGAUAAAGGCAAAGAGGUCCCCAUUGAGAGGGAUGAAGCCUGUAGUGACUUGCCUGUGGGUGCAUUCAUGUGGCUGGAUGACCUCCAAGAGCAGACUGCGCAGACCUUCUGCAUCGACAGAAAGCCUGAUCCUGGCAACUGGGAGUACAAGUCGCUCUAUCGUGGAGACCUGGCAAGAUACAAGAGGAAGGGGGAUGUCUGCAUUGGUCUUGAUCCCAAAAAGCAGUGGAUUACUUGGGAAGAUUCAAACCAACAGAAGAAAAAGAUCAAGAAGAAGGAGGAUCGAUAUUACAGCCCGUCCAGCCUUCAGCUCCUAAGCACUGACACAGUCCCUGUUUACCGUGAAGAUGGUUUACAAGGUCAAUCUUGUGUUGCUCCAGCGUCUUUUAUUCCUGUUCCAGAUUGGGAAGAGAGUGACAGUACGCUCUCAGGGGCCAUCACCUCGGUCAAUCCACUUGGGAUUUACGAUGCUUCCACCACGCUGUGGCUACAAGGGAAGGGCCAGCUGGAGCAGGAGACCUGUGCGCCCAUGGACAGCAAUAGGAGGAUAAAUUCUGCCAUGAUGGCCAAAGUGGAACGAUACAACAAGUUGUUGAGAGAGGACCCCAGUAAUAUCCAAACCUGGAUAGAAUUUGUUCAUUUUCAGGAUGAGUUAAUGCAAGGUCCAAGUCCGUUCACCGUAGCUGCCGCAGAAUCUGAGAAGAGGAAGAGAUCGCACCAGAUUACCUUGGAGAAGAAGCUGGCCAUUUUGGAGCGAGCUAUCGAGAGUAACCCCAACCACGCGGAGCUGAAGGUAGCCCGGCUGGAGCUCUGUAAAGAAUCUUGGGAGCCGUCUGAUCUGGUGAAUGAAUGGAAGAAAGUGGUCUUUCUUCACCCGAACAACACCACUCUAUGGCAGAGGUAUCUCGUGUUCUGCCAGAGUCAAUUCAGCACCUAUUCGACCUCCAAGGUCAAUGGCAUCUACGGCAAAUGCCUGAGCACUCUGGCCGCUGUCCUGGAUGGUACCCUCGUGUCUCAUCCUGCACUUCCUGAUACAGAAGAAGCUAUGCUGGCUAUUUUCCUGCAACAAUGUCAUUUCUUGCGACAGACCGGCCAUUCGGAAAAAGCCAUUGCCCUUUUCCAGGCCCUCAUUGACUUCACCUUCUUCAAACCCGAGAGCGUUGCUGGGCUGACAACCAAGGCACAGGUGGAAUUCUUUGAGCCGUUCUGGGAUAGUGGUGAACCCCGAUUCGGAGAAGUAGGAGGGAGAGGCUGGAGGGCGUGGAUGCGGCAGCAGGAGAAGGGUGGAUGGGUAAUCGUCAACGAGGAAGGAGAUGACGAAGAAGAGGAUGAAGAUGAAGAAGAAAUCAAAGACAAGACCCUACCCAAGUGGCAGCUCUGGAUGCAGGUGGAAAGUGCCCGGGAUUCCAAGCACUGGUUGCCAUGGCGAGCUAGUAAGGCAAAGGGUCAAACGGAGGAUGACUGUGAGGACCCUGACAGACAGGUGCUGUUCGAUGACAUUGGUUCCUCGAUGCUCAGGAUCUCCAAGCCAGAGCUGAAAUUCCAGCUCAUGGCCUCUUUUUUGCAGUUCCUGGGCGUUCCGGCUGGGGGAGCUCUCCCCUGCUCCUGCCUGAACCUGGCGCUGGAUGAGCCAGCCCUUUUCAGCAGUGGAUUGGAUGGCAAGAGGCUUCUGGACUGCUCGGAUCCGCCGGCCUCUGGGGUCGGCUGUGUCGGAUUUAUGGCUGCCAAGCCCAGGCGGAAAAGGGCGGCUGGGCACUGCAGGGCCGGAGAGGACUUCAUCCGGAUUGUGUUUCAGCAAGCACUGCCUCACUUUUCCGGGCAAGAGCGGUCAGAGUUGAUACGGAGCUGGCUGCUGUACGAGAAGUCCAAGGUGCUACAGAAUCUGCAGCUUGGGAACAAGAGGCUGAAAUCUCAGGGGAAGAGGAGCAAGAAACUGGCAAAAAGCCUUCUAAAGGAAGCAGAGAACCGGAACGAUUUGGCCCUCUGGAAAGAGUAUGCCCACUUGGAGUGGCUGCUGGGCAACGUGGAGGACUCGCGAAGGGUCUUUGACACCGCCCUCACGAUGGCGGCUGCUCAGGGCCUGAGCAGCUCCCCUCUGUGUGACCUCUGCCUCCUCUACGCCUCGCUGGAGCUGGAGUUAAUGGGGGGCCUGGAAGGAGUAGCGUCAUGCCGCCCGCUCUACAUCCUGACUCGGUUUGCCCAGGGGAGCGGCUACUCGCCUUACUGCGGGGAGGUGCCGCCAGUGAGUGUGUUGAAAGCCCGGAAGAGUUACGAACAUGCUUAUCAGCACUGCUUAUCCAGUGAAUUUCCCCCACAGGGUGCUUGGGAAAGACCAGAGGGAGCUUCCCACCUAGUAACCCUGGUAGCUUGCUUUGCUCUCUUCCAGUACCUGACGGUGGGAAUUCAGGCUGCCGACACACUGUACAGGCAGGCUUCUGAAAGGCUUGUCAGCCUCUGCCCAUCGACUGAAGUGAAACUCGCCAGCGCCGGGGCUUCCGCCUCUGAACGCCUGGCCACACUGCACGUGGCGCUGCUGAGGUUCCACAUGAAGGCUGGCAUCUAUCCCUUGCAUCCCCUUUGCGAAACACUUGCUGGCGCUUUGCAGCAGUUUCCCAGCAACCCUGAUCUCUGGAGGUUCUACGUGCAGGUGGAAAACAGGUCACAUAGUGGCAGCAGAGCCCGCAAGUUCUUCGACCGCCUGACCAGGGCCACAAAAGACAUUGUGUUACCCUGGUUAUUCGCAAUCCACGCCGAAGAGCAGAGGAAGGAACGGGUUGACACUAUCCAGAGGGCGAGUGUUGGGAUCGUGCACAGCACGCUGCCGGAGACGGGCCUGGUCAAUCGGAUCGGAGCACUGUUUGAGCAUGCGGUCCAGUCUGAGGCCGGUGUGCACUGUGUUCUGCUCUGGAGGAUGUUCCUGCAAUUUACGUCACAGCGAGGGAAUGGGGAGAGGACGAAAGGUGUGUUCUACAGGGCACUCCAGCAUUGCCCGUGGGCAAAGGUCCUGUAUCUGGACGCAGUCAGACUGUUACCAGAGCAGCUUCAAGAAAUCAUCGACUUGAUGACCGAGAAGGAAAUCCGGAUCCGGGUUCCCCUAGAGGAGCUGGAAAUUCUCAUGGAAGAUUAAUCAGGAACAAGCUGGAUUCCUGUGGCUUCCUUCACUUCCCUGUGAUGCCUCCAAACACCUGGGGGGGGAGCAAAGUUUGAGAAAUGGAGGCAGACGGUUCCUCCACUCAUAGCCCCAUCAGAGGGCAGUACUACCCUGGCUGAGUGCCAAGCUGUAGCCAAGACUACUAUUAAUGACAGAGGGUUUACCCACGGAAAUGUUUCUCCCUCCCAGCACUCUGAGAAAUAAAUGGAUCAUCUCCGGCGCUGGUGAUGCAGGCUGAGGGAAGAAUGCCGAUAGCAUCCCCAUAAACUUUCCUGGCCUUCCCAGCUGUGCCAAGGAAUCUUUAACAUCCAGCAGACAGGCAGCCCAUCAUCUCAUCCAAAGUUAUCAGAUUGUUCAUUUGUAAGAUUGU